GUAGUGUUUUAUGAACACCGUAGGAAUCAAGCGAUUUCGCGCUUGGUGUCUUCACAUCUCCUGUCAGUCGCGUCUUCGGCUGCGGAACAGCAAGAUGGCGGCCCGGAUUAUGCAAGCUGCAAGAUGUCCCACAGAUGAACUCUCCUUAACCAAUUGUGCUGUGGUCAAUGAAAAGGACUUUCAAUCUGGCUUGCAUGUAGUUGUGAAGACCUCACCCAACCACAAAUAUAUUUUUACACUGAGAAGUCAUACAUCUGUUGUCCCAGGUAGCAUUGCUUUCAGUUUGCCACAGAGAAAAUGGGCUGGCCUUUCUAUUGGGCAAGAUAUAGAUGUUUCCCUGUACAACUUUGAUAAGACCAAGCAGUGUAUUGGCACUAUGACUAUUGAGAUAGACUUCCUGCAGAAGAAAAAUAUUGACUCAAAUCCCUAUGAUUCAGACAAAAUGGCAGCAGAGUUCAUCCAGCAAUUCAAUAACCAAGCAUUUACAGUUGGACAGCAGCUUGUGUUUAGCUUUAAUGACAAACUGUUUGGCUUAUUGGUCAAGGACAUUGAAGCUAUGGAUCCUAGUAUUCUUAAAGGAGAUUCUGCCACAAGUAAAAAACAGAAGAUUGAAAUUGGUCUUGUUGUGGGAAAUAGUCAAGUUGCAUUUGAGAAGGCUGAGAGUUCUUCUCUCACUCUUAUUGGCAAAUCCAAAACUCGGGAAAACCGUCAAUCUAUCAUCAACCCUGACUGGAAUUUUGAGAAGAUGGGUAUUGGAGGUCUUGAUAAAGAAUUUUCUGACAUAUUCCGAAGGGCGUUUGCCUCUCGAGUAUUCCCACCCGAGAUUGUAGAGCAAAUGGGCUGCAAACAUGUGAAAGGUAUCCUCUUAUAUGGCCCACCUGGCUGUGGUAAGACACUUAUGGCCAGGCAGAUUGGCAAAAUGUUGAAUGCCAGGGAGCCAAAAGUUGUGAACGGGCCCGAAAUCCUUAACAAAUAUGUCGGAGAAUCAGAGGCCAACAUUCGCAAGCUCUUUGCAGAUGCUGAAGAAGAACAAAAGAGGCUUGGGGCAAACAGUGGUGUUCAUAUAAUCAUCUUUGAUGAAAUUGAUGCUAUCUGCAAACAACGAGGGAGUAUGGCGGGCAGCACUGGAGUCCAUGACACUGUUGUGAACCAGCUCUUGUCUAAAAUUGAUGGUGUUGAACAGUUGAACAAUAUCUUGGUAAUCGGUAUGACCAAUAGACCAGACCUGAUUGAUGAAGCUCUCUUACGACCUGGACGACUGGAAGUGAAAAUGGAGAUUGGCUUGCCCGAUGAAAAAGGUCGAAUGCAGAUCCUCAACAUCCACACAUCAAGGAUGCGAACCCACCAACUGCUGGCUUUAGAUGUGGAUAUUGCAGAGCUGGCCGUGGAGACCAAGAACUUUAGUGGUGCUGAACUCGAGGGUCUGGUUCGGGCAGCCCAGUCGACAGCUAUGAACAGACACAUUAAGGCCAGCACUAAGGUGGAAGUUGAUAUGGAAAAAGCAGAAUCUCUGCAGGUGACAAGGGGAGACUUUUUGGCUUCACUGGAGAAUGACAUUAAGCCAGCAUUUGGGACCAAUCAGGAAGAUUAUGCAAGCUAUAUUAUGAAUGGCAUUAUUAAAUGGGGCGACCCUGUUACUCGGGUGCUGGAUGAUGGGGAGCUUCUUGUUCAGCAGGCCAAAAAUAGUGAUCGUACUCCCUUGGUCAGUGUUCUUUUGGAAGGGCCGCCACAUAGUGGGAAAACAGCUUUAGCUGCAAAGAUUGCAGAGGAAUCUAAUUUCCCCUUCAUCAAGAUCUGCUCUCCUGAUAAGAUGAUCGGCUUUUCAGAAACUGCCAAGUGCCAGGCAAUUAAGAAGAUCUUUGAUGAUGCUUACAAGUCUCAGCUCAGCUGUGUGGUGGUGGAUGACAUUGAACGGCUUCUUGAUUAUGUUCCAAUUGGGCCACGUUUCUCCAACCUGGUGUUACAAGCCCUUCUGGUGUUACUGAAAAAAGCACCACCUAAGGGUCGCAAGCUCUUGAUUGUGGGGACUACUAGUCGCAAAGAUGUCCUGCAAGAGAUGGAGAUGCUGGAUGCGUUUAGUACUACUAUCCAUAUUCCCAACAUUGCUACAGGCGACCAUCUCAUGGAGGCCCUAGAGCUCCUGAGUGUCUUCAAAGACAAGGAACGCAGCACCAUUGCUCAGAAUGUCAAAGGGAAGAAGGUCUGGAUUGGCAUCAAGAAGCUGCUGAUGCUAAUUGAGAUGUCACUGCAGAUGGAUCCUGAGUACCGUGUGAGAAAAUUCCUGGCACUUCUACGAGAGGAAGGAGCCUAUUGAGAAUAAUAUCUGGGGCACAACUGGCCUGUGAAUUUGCAUGCAGUUCCCCUCUUUGGAUGACCAUCUCUGUGUGCCAGCACCCAUUCCCCAAGACCUGCCUAUCCUUGUGGCUGUUGCACUCUCUCUCUUUGCAGUAGUCCACUGGAUUUAGAAUGAAGCUUGAACCUUGUUAAAGGCUGGUGACCUGGAACACAACCAAUCAGAAGACUGCUUCUCUGGGAUCUUCUUCUAUGUGGCACAUUUGGACAACUGCAUAUUGCUUGGUUCUCUUCAGAUAUUCUCCUGAACUUUUUUUUUUUGCAUGUUAGAUACAACUAAGUACUUUACCUUUGUCUUUGAUAUCCUGGUGUAUUGUGACAAAUCAAACUUAUUCUAGAGUAACUGCUUUGGUGUUAUGCACCCACUUGAUUGAUAUUGGUGCACAAGCAAAGGAGUGGAAACGUGCCAUGUACAGACCUACAGACAUUGAUGUUGAAACUCAGGCAUAAAACAUGGG